CUUUGAAACGAAGAACGCCCUCGCAAGGGCGAAGCGCAUGCUCACUACCAGCGCGACGGCGGGAACGUAAUGGCGCAGGCGCCGCAAGCAAUGUGGCGUCUGCACAUGCGUGGUAGCUGUCGCUUGAGCAGGCAGGGAAGCGCGGCGGGUUGAGGAGUUCGUGUGUUUUUUGUAGGCGGGGGAGGGGAAGCAAUACGUGAUACCUUUUCCCUUCCUCCCCUCGGAAGCUCUUGUAUAACACGGUACAGCAUGGCCUCAGCUUCCAAAUCUUUCCUCGCCGAUGCCGGCUAUGGGGAACAAGAGCUUGAUGCCAACUCUGCCCUCAUGGAGCUGGAUAAAGGUCUUCGAUCUGGCAAAUUGGGGGAACAGUGUGAAGCUGUUGUCCGUUUUCCCAGACUCUUUCAGAAAUAUCCAUUCCCGAUUCUAAUUAAUUCAGCAUUCUUAAAGCUAGCUGAUGUUUUCAGAGUUGGAAACAACUUCCUGAGGCUGUGUGUUCUGAAGGUUACUCAGCAGAGCGAGAAGCACCUGGAAAAGAUCCUGAACGUGGAUGAGUUUGUGAAAAGAGUUUUUUCAGUUAUUCAUAGCAACGAUCCUGUUGCUCGAGCAAUCACACUGAGGAUGUUGGGCAGUAUGGCAUCUAUAAUCCCAGAAAGGAAGAAUGCGCAUCACAGUAUUCGCCAGAGCCUGGACUCCCAUGAUAACGUAGAGGUUGAAGCUGCCAUCUUUGCUGCAGCUAAUUUUUCAGCCCAGUCUAAAGAUUUUGCUGGAGGGAUAUGUAACAAAAUAAGUGAAAUGAUUCAAGGUUUAGCUACUCCAGUAGACUUGAAGCUUAAGUUGAUCCCUAUCCUGCAGCACAUGCAUCAUGAUGCCAGCCUGGCUUCCAGCGCAUGCCAGCUACUCCAACAACUGGUGACUUCCUACCCUUCCACCAAGAUGGUCAUUGUUACUUUGCACACUUUUACCUUGCUUGCAGCCUCUUCUCUGGUUGAUAUUCCCAAACAGAUACAGCUGUUGCUCCAGUACUUGAAGAAUGACCCAAGAGAGGCUGUAAAAAGGCUUGCUAUCCAAGAUUUAAAGUUGUUAGCAAAUAAAACCCCUCAUACUUGGAGCAGAGAGAACAUUCAGGCACUUUGUGAAUGUGCUCUUCAAACCCCUUAUGACAGCUUGAAACUAGGCAUGCUAUCUGUACUUUCCACGCUGUCGGGAACGAUAGCCAUCAAGCAGUACUUCAGCAUUGCUCCAGGAGCAACAGCUACCGCAGCAAGGUCAUCUGAUCUCAUCAAACUAGCACAGGAGUGCUGCUAUUAUAACAACCAGGAUAUUGCUGCUCAUGGGGUACGGGUUCUGACAAAUAUAGCUGCUUCUUGUCAGGAUAAAGAUCUCUUACCAUUGGAGCAGGAUGCAGUUUUUGGCCUUGAAUCCCUCCUUGUCCUUUGUAGCCAAAACAGCAGUCCAGGUACUCAAGCAACUUUAAAGAUCACACUCACUUGCAUGGUGAAGUUGGCCAAGAGUCGCCCCCACCUGAGCCAGUCGAUUGUUGAAUCCUUGUUGACGCAGCUGCACAGUGCACAGGAUGCUGCCAGGAUUCACAUUUGCCAUUGCUUGGCUGCAAUUGCCAUGCAGUUGCCUGUCUUGGGGGAUGGAAUGCUGGGAGACCUAAUGGAUCUCUACAAAAUGAUUGGACGAUCUGCUUCAGAUAAACAGCAAGAGCUUUUGGUCUCUCUUGCUACUGUGAUAUUUGUUGCCAGUCAGAAGACGUUAUCCUCUGAUGUAAAAACUGUUAUCAAACAGCAGCUGGAAAAUGUCUCCAAUGGCUGGACAGCUUACAGGAUAGCCAGGCAGGCUUCCAGAAUGGGUAACCAUGGCAUGGCCAGAGAGCUCUACCAAAGCUUACUGACUCAGGUGGCCUCUGAGCACUUCUACUUCUGGCUGAACAGCUUGAAGGAAUUCUCCCAUGCAGAGCAGUGUUUAGCAGAGCUGCAAGAGGAUGAUCACAGUUCAGCACUUUCUUGCAUUGCUAAGUCACUAAAAUCUUAUCACAAAGGAAUAGCAUCCUUAACGGCUGCCAGCACACCUCUUAACCCUUUGAGCUUCCAGUGUGGGUUUGUUAAGCUCCGGAUUGAUCUUCUUCAGGCUUUUUUUCAGCUCAUCUGCACCUGCAAUAGCCUGAAGACCAGCCCCCCACCUGCCAUUGCAACAACAAUUGCUAUGGCUUCAGGCAGUGACCUCCAGCGGUGUGGACGCAUUUCCAAUCAGAUGAAACUCUCCAUGGAAGAAUUCAGGAACCUGGCCGCAAGAUACGGAGAUCUCUAUCAAUCAUCCUUCGAUGCAGACUCAGCAACUCUGAGGAAUGUGGAGCUACAGCAGCAGAGUUGCUUAUUGAUAUCACAUGCAAUUGAAGCUCUGAUUUUAGAUCCUGAAUCUGCCAGCUUUCAGGAAUAUGGUUCUGCUGGAGUGGCACACGCCACGAGUGAAUAUGAAAGGAGAAUGAUGUCGGUGUUCACUCAUGUAUUGGAGGAAGUCGAAUCACUGAAUAGGAAAUACACCCCUGUAUCCUACAUGCACACAGCUUGUCUAUGCAGUGCAGUCAUUGCCUUGCUGAAAGUCCCCUUGUCAUUCCAGAGGUAUUUUUUCCAGAAGUUACAGUCAACUAGCAUAAAGCUUGCUCUGUCACCAUCACCGCGUAAUCCUGCUGAGCCCAUUGUAGUUCAGAAUAACCAGCAGCUGGCCUUGAAGGUAGAAGGAGUGGUUCAGCAUGGCUCCAAACCAGGCCUCUUUCGCAAAAUUCAGUCCAUCUGUCUAAAUGUAUCUUCAACACUGCAAAGCAAAUCUGUACAAGACUACAAGAUGCCUACUGACAGCCUGACAAAUGAGAUGGAGCAGAUGGUCGAGCCUCACAAUGACUACUUCAGCACACAGUUCCUUUUGAACUUCAUCAUUGUUGGCACCCAUAGCAUCACAGUGGAGUCUUCUGUUAGAGAUCUCAAUGGUAUUAUAUGGAAGACCGGUCCAAAAACCACUCUGUUGAUUAAGUCUCUUGAGGAUCCUUAUUCGCAGCAAAUUAGGCUCCAGCAGCAGCAAGGACAGCAGCCACCCCAGCAACCCCAGCAGCCCCAACCUCAGCAGCGAACAGCCUAUUCCCGUUUUUAACACCACUGUCUUUCAAGGGCCCAAGUCAGAGGGAUUCCGUUUAUUUUGAUGUGGUCACUUCAUGCUCUUCUUCUCCAAAGAAGCCAUCUGUAUUUCUUUCACAGCAGCCAUUGUACAUCUUCACACAUGUUUGUAUUUUUCUUAGUCCCAAAAUGCACAUGCUGUGUGGUCACCAAAGUCAGCCAAGUGAAGGCCUUUAUUUGGCCUGUUGGUUGAGUGAAGUGGUUCUGCUCAGAGUUCUUUCACCUUCCACCAUUUUGCUGAAACCGCCCUUUCCACUGGCAUGUGGGAAACUGGAGGAACGGAUGUAGCAGUGUGUGUUAAAGGCUUCUGGGUGUUUGCAGACACAUACAACCAGUAAAACAUUACCAUGUGUUACAGAGUAGCUGGUAUAAUGUGUAUCUGUGCAACAGGGAUGCACUCCCAGUAGAGGAGGAUUGCUGCUAAUUAAAGAGUUCUGUUUAAAAAAAAUCAAAUGUAUGUAAUUUUGUAUCAUUGAGCACAAGUUCCACGCAUCCUGGAAUAGAAAAGGGAAUUCUUAAAUCCACAGCACUCUGCCACGACUGGUGACAUAAUCCCCCUUGAGCAGGCAGAACUAUUCAGCAGAAAAUGAGGCAGUGUGUUUGCAAAUGAGAAAAUUGACCUGAUUUCUCAUAAUAAUUCUUUCUGGAUAAUUAUAAGAAAUCAGGCAUUGCCAAGCUAAAAAAAAGGUGAGGGUGCCCAGUCCAGUUAUUGAGAUCAUGUAAAUUUAUGUUUUUGAGCCCCGAUGACUAACACUCUUGAGUCGCACCUAUAUAUUUAAAAAAUCAACAGAUUUCUACUGGAAAAUAGAUAAUAUUGCUUAACAUGGAAAAAGACAUUGCAGGCUGGUUGCUGAAGGGGGCUUGAAAGAUUGGAAGGCCUUGUGUUGUGUUGGAAAAGUGGCAAAUUAGAAAUGCUGAUACAGCAUUUUUCUCAUUUCAGCAUAAAGAAGGUGUACAUUGAGAAUACCCUAGUGCUUUUAA